AUGGAGGCUGCCGAGGAGGGGCCCGCCGUCGUGGCAUCGCUUCUGCCCGAGGAGGUGGAGGCCGAACCCUCUCCAGACACGUGGGGGGACAGGCCGGGAGGCGUUGGUGUCUCUGACUUGACCAUCCUGCAUUUCAAUGAUGUGUACGAGGUGGACCCGCGGCCUGAGGAGCCUGUGGGCGGCGCAGCGAGAUUUGCAACAGCUGUGAAGAAUUUCAAUAUCCUGAAUCCACUUUUGAUUUUCAGUGGUGACUGCUUAAAUCCUUCCGUUUUAAGUACGAUAACAAAAGGAAAGCAUAUGAUUCCCAUUUUAAAUGAAUUGGGAGUGCAUUUUGCAGUUUUUGGAAACCAUGAAUUUGAUUUUGGCGUCGAUGUUUUGGAAGAAUACAUCAAACAGAUGCACUUUACGUGGUUGCUCAGCAAUGUCUAUGACAGAUUUACUUCUGAACCUCUUGGACAUGGUAUAGCAAAAAAAAUAGUGACAUGGAACAAUAUAAAAAUAGGGUUAAUGGGAUUAGUUGAAGAAGAUUGGCUAGAUACACUGGCUACCGUUAACAAAUCAAAUGUAAACUAUAAAGAUUAUGUUGAAGUUGCUAAUGAAACAGCAAUAGAACUUAAAGAAGAAGGAGCAGAUCUCAUCAUUGCAAUAACUCAUAUGAAAUGGGGCAAUGAUACAAGGCUUGCCCAAGCAGCAGAAGGGGUCAAUUUGAUCCUAGGAGGCCAUGACCAUGAUUAUGGAAUCAAGAAGGUGAAUGAAACCUGGAUUGUCAAAAGUGGAUCUGACUUUAAAUACUUGACAAAAAUAAAUAUAAGACACUACGGUGCAUCUUUCCAAUAUAUGUUUGAGAAGGUGGACAUUGUAAGUUACUUGGAAGAAGAUUCAUAUAUUAAAGCAAUAGUAAAAGAUUUUACUCAAAACAUACAGUAUAUGUUAGAAGAAGUUCUCUGCCCAAUUAACAUGGAAUUAGACGGCCGUGAAGUUACCGUGAGAAGAUCUGAGAGCAAUCUCGGGAAUUUGGUAACCAAUGCGAUGCUAGAAGCUACUCGUGCUGAUGUAGCACUACUUAAUUCAGGCACUCUCAGAUCAGAUCGGAUACAUCCAGCAGGGAAUUUCACUUUGCAUGAUCUUUUGGCUAUUCUUCCCAUAGUGGAUCCAGUUUUAGUUGUCAGAGCAACAGGUGCACAGCUGCUGGAAGCGCUUGAAAAUGGUGUUUACAAAUACCCAGCUCUAGAUGGGAGAUUUCCUCAAGUUGCUGGAAUAGAAUUUGGAUUUGAUCCAGAUGCAGAACCAGGACACCGAAUCAUAAGAGAUACUGUCAAAGUUCAAGGACAAUAUUUACAGAAGAAGAAAGUUUACCUUCUUGCUAUUAAGGAGUACAUUGCAAAUGGAAAGGACGGUUACACCAUGCUUAAAAGUUGCCCUCGGAUAUUUGACACAGAAACUGCACAAGUCCUUUCUACAGUUGUCAUGAAUCACUUUGAAUCGAUAAAGAUUGUGCAGGGAAGAAAGCAGUGUCUUUCCGGCCAUCGGAUGAGUUUAAUCAUUACUGCCAGCAAGACUGCGUCGCUGACAGCCUUUGAAGAGGAAUCAGACAAGCCAUCAGUAGUAAUUGCUGUCCCUGGCAUCGAAGGACGGAUUUGCCAUAUUUCUCAAGACAUGAAAGAACAUUUACAUCAGCUUAGAACUGCAAGAAAGCAAGGCUUACAAGCUUUUCCCACCACUAGUGAUAAUGCAGCAGAAAAUUCUGAUUCGGAUUGA